CAACAUUCGUAUUUUCUCUUCUAAAAUAAGAACAAGACGUAAUGGCGGACAAACGGCUACAACACUAGAAAAACACCCAUUUAAACCCCUCCAUGAGAUUCAACCAUGGCGUUUUCUACCAUCAAAUGCUUACUUAUACUUCUAGUUAUCUUCGCUUUUGAAGAACAUCUCUUCAGUCAAGCUARACCGACAAAACCAGCACCAAAACCAACACCAACACCAACUGCAAAACACAAAAAUAUAACGCACACUACAUCAAGAACGUUGAACAGCACAGAGAGUAGUCAUUCAGGUGGAAGCAAUACUGGAUUUUCAUUUCCAAACAAUAAAGGACUAUUAAAGCGUAUGCUAUAUGUGGCUGUUGGUUGCAGUGCAUUGAUAGCAUUAUAUUUCAUUGUCAAAACAAUCAGAACAAAAUCCAGGAAAAAUAAAUCAAAAAAAUAUGGCAUGAUAUUUUCGUCUGGAGAUGUAGAGAUGCAGCCGCUGGACAAUGAUGAUGAUGACGAUGACAUGACUGUCYUUGACAGAAAAAUACGAAAAUAAUUGACAACCAUUUUUACUCAAAAUAUGGGAACAUUAUAUUAAAGACAAUUAUUUAUUACGGCAAUCGAGAGGUAGAAAAGUGUUCUCCAAGACUGUUGCUGAAGUAGACUGAAGUCUUGCUAAAACUUGGUCAGUUUUGUUGCUAUGUUUAUAUUGGAGCACAUUCAAUAAUUCUUUAAUCCAGUCAAAUAACRCCAGGGCAUUUUUGGUAUCCACCUACCAAAUACUUUAACAUGGAAGUUCAUUUAAUUCAAAAACUCAAAAGUCUAGAAGUUUUGAAGGUUAAAGAAACCUUAUUGAAAAACUCUUAUAUGGAAUAAUAAUCAAAAGUUACCCUACCUGUGGGUUAAUAAGAUAUUAGCUAUUGGUGUCUGCACUGUUAGGCGAUGAAUUGACAUAGCAGUUGCUUAAUACAGUAUUCUGAAAGUUUGAAAAUUUGGCUGACAUACAUUAGCUGAAGACCAACUCCCAUUUUGAGUUUGCCUUUGCUCAGUCUUAGCCUUGAUAUUGUAUGAAUGUGUUUUUUUUCUUCUUUUUUUAAGUUCCUUUGUAUAGUAAGGAAUAUGCGAUCUACAGAACAAUACAAGUUGAUUAAAAUGCCACGGGAUUUGGUUGAAUAGCUGAAUAUUAUUAUAACACACAUUCGAGACUAAGGCUGAGCAAAGAGAACUUGAAACUGUAGUAUUGUAAACUGGAACCUUUUUGUAUAUUAUCAUAUGGCAAAACAUUAAUUACUAAACUACGAUGCGGUUAUAAAUGAGCAUUUGUUAUCAGGGGUAAAUAUAAUGGCUGCUUAAUUGCCGAUAUGAUGAUGACCAGCCAUAUUGGACUGUACAUCAUCAUCAGUCAAUACGACUGGUCAAGAGAUAGUCGGCCAGAUAUUGUCAGUUAACAUUAUCUGGGCAUUAUUUUGAGUCUGUAUUUUUGUUAUUCAAAUUCAUGUUAUGAAAUGUACCUUAGGUUUACUGUUGUAUUGUUUACUGAACAUGUUAUAAGAAUCUUCUCAAAGUCAUUAAUAAUUCAUGAGGUCAAUGACCAAUUGUAGUCAUGUGCACGCAUCAUGAUACUUGAUCAAAAAUGGACCAAGACACUGAUCAAAACACUGAUCACUUUUUUUAGUCUAACGAGAUUCAAGAACAAAUGAAAUAUUAUAAUGAGACUGAGAAGUCAGUUAAAAACCUUGUGCUUCGUGUUUGAUCAGGGCAUCCAAACACCUUGAAAGAAUAAAACCAUUCAGCCUAACCUCCUGGUGCUUUCAUCUGUUUCUCAGUGUUUGGAUGCCCUGAUCGAUCACUCGCACUCGUUUUUGAUCUAUUACAUCAAUGCAUUUCCUGCUUGUGCUAUAGGUAAUGGUAGGGUAGUUUAAAAAUAAAUAGGUCUUAAAUCUUUAAAAAAUUGAAUCUCUAAAAGUUAUUGUCAGUGCUUUUAACAAUAUUUUUAAAAUAUUGUUAAUUCAAAAGGCUUGUAUAGGGGUGUAAUAAGACAUUUUGUGAAGAAAAUGUUGUCUUUUAAGGUACAAGAUAUUUCCUUAAUUCAUUAAUUGAUCCCCAGGCAAGAUUCAUAGCUUAGAAUAUAAAAAGCAAGGCAAAGAUUAACUGGUCGAGUUCCAUUAUUUCAGUAAAUAACAGCAAAGAUUAAUACAAUUUCAACUUUGCUUGGGGACAUCGUUCUUGAUUUAGAUCAUUCAGAUUUAUUUCUACGUUGCUUCUGGAUAGAGUUCUGAUCUAAUAGGUUCAUAUAAAAUCUUCAAAUAUAUCUGAAAUAACCUAGAAAAGAUCUUAUAAAGGUUUUAAAUAAAUCUGAAAAAACCUUGAAAGGAAAGACCUUGUUUGGCAAUCUAUUUAAAAUAAAACAGACUAAUUCAGAAAUGAAA